AUGGUCGCUCGAGUUUCCGCAUUGGGAGCAGUCGAAGAGAUGCCUGCAGCAUAUGAGUUUCGCGGCAACCGUGAUGGCCCAAGGUCGCGUCCCCAACACGAGUUCACAUUCCGCUCACGUCAACCUCGAACGGCUGCGCGCCCUUUAUUAAUGGCUCAGAGAGAUGCUUCGCCUGGAUUUCUGGGGAACGAAGAUGGCGGAAAGCAGCAGCCUAAGUUCAUGAACCCUGAAGAUCUUACUGAUACCGACGAAGAGGAGAUGGAAGUAUCAUCGGCAGAUGACGGUGAACCUCCAAAAAAAAGACGAGCUAUUGGAAGCCCCAAUGCGCCGCCAUCCGCCGCUCCAAAAUGGUCAAAUCCAGAUCCCUACACCGUACUUCCGCCACCCGACGAGAGCCUGGGUAAGAAGAAAGAUGUCGUGAAGUUAAUUCGCAAGGCAAGGAUUGUUGCUGCCCAGCCGAAGUCAGAAGAAACAAACGCAAUUGUUUCCAAUGAAGACUUCAUUUCCCUUGAUGCAGUGGAUUUGACAAUGUACCAACCACCAGAGAACGCGCCGCGGGGACCGCGCAUGGCUCGAGAUGGGGAUCCCGCCCUAGGAAAUCGUAAACGUACCAGGGACGACGAGAUUGUCGGCUCAGCGACAAGACACAUUCGAUUUGAUAAGAUAGAUGCGCAUUUUAACUUGGAUGGCACUAUCACCGAGGCAUGGCGUAGUCGAGCUGGUGAUAACUCAACACCGUGGUUUUACAAGGCUCAGCCCUCAGCAUUUCAUUUGGGAACGAUGCUUCAUAAUGAAAUUAUUAGUUUCUAUCACUGGGUCAAACCACGCCCUUUUGAAGAUGUCAUCAGAACUGAUCUCAUCACUCGCCUCGAAAAGCAUAUGCAAGACAGAUUUCCCGGGGCGCAGCUGCAUGCAUUUGGCUCAUACGCUUCGGGGCUAUACCUUCCUGUAGCAGAUGUUGAUCUUGUUCUUCUUUCAAGACAGUUCCUUCGCCAAGGUAGGAAAUAUUUGUGCCAGAAGACUAGGGAUAUAUUUUCCCUUACAGCAUAUAUUAGAGACCUUGAUAUCGCAGUCCCUGGUUCAAUCGAGACUAUUGCUCAUGCCCGAGUUCCCAUUAUAAAGUUUGUGGACCGCCUGACAGGUCUGAAAGUCGAUUUAUCAUUUGACAACAACAGUGGGCUAGCAGCAAAUAGAACUUUUCAAAAUUGGAAAGCCCAAUUUCCUGCGAUGCCGCUAAUCGUCUCUGUCAUAAAGCAAUUUCUGCUACUAAGAGGCCUAAAUGAAGUUCCAUCCGGGGGGUUAGGCGGGUUUUCUAUUAUCUGCUUGGUGACUAGCCUUCUUCAGCAUUUGCCUCAAUGUGUGUCUGAACCAAACCUUGGUGGAGUACUGAUGGAUUUCUUUGAUUUUUAUGGAAACAAAUUCGACUUUUCAUCAAUUGGGAUUGAGUUCAACCCUCCCGGCUAUUUUUACAAGCAUUCUCGAAAUAUUUACCAGGCAAGUAGCCGAGAUCGAUUAUCAAUAAUUGAUCCCAACAGGCCCGAUAACGACAUAUCCGGAUCAACAAAGGAAAUAAGAAUGGUUUUUAGGUCUUUUGCUGAAGCUUUUCGCGCACUGAAGCAGAAUAUAUCUGCAGCAUCAAUAUCACCGUCUCGGAAUAUCAGUCUACUUGCUUCUAUUAUUGGCGGAAACUAUGAAUCUUAUGAUACCCAGCGCGCACACUUGUUUCAACUUUACGCAAAUCAUCCCCGCUUUAUACAAUAUUACCAUCUUGUCCCCUUACCAGCUCCCCCAAAGGAACCAACGCCGCCACCGCCUCCGACAUCCCCGGGGCGUCCUUUGAUGUCUUCCGAAAAACAGGACUCUAGCGGUGGUAAGACUAGCAAGAAGCGACAGAAAUUCGUAGAUCGUGCCAUCCGGUUGAAAACCCUUCGACCUGACUUGAAGAACAUUCCUGAAUUUAUUACCCACGAGCAGGCUAUUAAACUUGGGGGCUACCCUAAUGAAUCUGUGAUGAACCGGGAUUUGGCUGCGAGGGAGAAGGUGCUAGAGCAGCUUCGCACUAGCUGA